AUGGAAGGGUAUGGUUGUCAAUUGUUUGCAGUUGUGGCAGCACGCGGAUUAAUGACGUGGCGUGUGGAGGAGUAUGGAGUGCUCAACGACAAUCGUACCCUUGUUCCCAUGGCUGAGCGUAGAAGAUCGAGUAACGUGGGAAAUGAGAGACGUAAGAAGGUACGACAAGACCGUCCGUCUUCGUCAAGGCAACAAGAUGAAGAGCCCGCUCAUGUCGACCUCCCAUUCGGAUACUUGUUCGAGCAUGACCCCGUGGUUCAUGAUUCAUUUGUCCGUGACUUUGCUAACCGACCUAUAUGUGGGGCCAAAUCACUUGAUACAGGGAAGAAUCUCUGUCUGCACGAGUUGAUGCAAACAGUGAAAGAUUUUCUGAAACCUGUUGUAGUUCUUAUUCUCUCAACAAUGCCAAUGAGGUUUUCCAACAACUUUUCCUCAAUCCCUCGGAGAAAGCUUGGCCCUUUCUCACGAUUCUGCUCAAAACCACUGCUUACCAUGGAUCCCCUCCGAGACCCACAAACACAAAUACUCGCCAGCAACAAUUUUCUCGAGAAAAUUUUACCAGAAGCUCAAUCCUCCGAGAAAAAACAUAUUUUUGACACCCUUUUGAGCCACAAGGCGGACCCCGAAUCGGCUUUGAAGUUCUUCAAAGGAUUAGAGAGAAAACAAGGGUUUGUGAAAACUGUUGACGUUUUCUGUUUGUUUCUUCAAAUUCUGGCUUCAAGCCCUGACACUCAUGGGGUUGUUCGAUAUUUGCUCAAUGACUAUGUUUUCGGAGAUUCGGGUCCUGCUGCCAGAGUGCUUGUGGAACAAUUGGUUGAGUGUGCUGGAAGGUACGGUUUUGAAUCCGAUUCGCGGGUUUUCAAUUAUCUGUUGAGUAGUUAUGUUAGAGCUGGUAAGAUCACUGAUGCUGUUGAGUGUUUUAGAACGAUGUUAGAGCAUGAUGUGCUUCCAUUUGUUCCCAUUAUGAACAUCCUUUUGACUGCAACGGUUAGGCGAAGCAUGAUUGAUGAUGCACGCCACUUGUAUGAUGAAAUGGUUAAAAGAAAAAUCUACGGUGAUUGUUUUACCUUGCAUAUCUUAAUGCGGGCGUGUUUGAAAGGAGAGAAGAUUGAGGAGGCCGAGAAGUAUUUCGAAGAGGCCAUGGGUAGAGGGUUGAAACUUGAUGCAGCUGCGUAUAGUAUUGUUAUUCAGGCUAUUUGUAAGAGGCAGGACUCGAAUUUGGCAUGUAAGAUCUUGGAGAAGAUGAGAAAGUUGGGCUGGGUGCCAUCUGAGGGUACGUAUACGUCUGUAAUUGGUGCUUGUGUGAAGAAGGGAAAUGUUUUAGAGGCAUUGAGGCUAAAGGAUGAGAUGGUGGAUAGUGGUAUACCUGUGAACAUAAUUGUUGCAACAAACUUGAUGAAAGGGCAUUGUGAGCAAGGAAAUGUGAAAAGUGCAUUGCUGUUGUUUAAUGAGAUUGUUGAAGCUGGUGUUACACCCAAUGCGGGUACUUUCUCAAUUUUGAUAGAUUGGUGUUCUAAGAUUGGGAUUAUGAAGAAGGCGUAUGAACUUUACUCCCGAAUGAAACUCAUGGGCAUUCAACCCACUGUCUUUAUUGUAAGUUUUCUUCUAAAAGGAUACCGGAAACAGAAUUUGCUAGAAGAUGCAUAUAAAUUGCUUGAUGAGGCAGUUGAACUUGGUAUUGCCAGUGUUGUUACAUAUAACAUCCUUUUAUCCUGGCUUUGUGAACUGGGUAAGGUUGAUGAGGCUCGUACUUUGUGGGACAGGAUGAUAGGUAAGGGUAUUACACCUUCUGUAGUUUCUUACAACCAUAUAAUACUUGGUCACUGCAAAAAGGGUUACAUGGAUGGUGCAUAUAGUGUGAUGAAUGAUAUUCUUAAAAGUGGAUUAAAGCCAAAUGCUAUUACAUAUACUCUCUUGAUAGAUGGCUUUUUUAAAAAGGGUGAUUCUGAGCGUGCCUUUGUCAUGUUUGAGCAAAUGGUGGCUGCAAAUGUUGCACCUACAGACUACACAUUUAACACCAUUAUAAAUGGCUUGUGCAAAGUUGGCCAGGUGUCUGAGACAAAGGAUAAAUUGAACAGCUUUAUAAAGCAGGGGUUUAUUCCUACUUCUAUGACUUAUAAUAGCAUCAUAGAUGGAUUUGUCAAGGAAGGUGCAAUUGAAUCUGCACUGUCUACCUACAGCGAGAUGUGCAAAAUUGGAAUUUUGCCAAAUGUUAUCACUUAUACUAGUUUGAUUAAUGGAUUUUGCAAAAGUUAUAAGAUUGAUCUUGCUUUGGAAAUGCAUAAUGAUAUGAAAAACAAGGGUGUGAAAUUGGAUACUGCUGCAUAUAGUGCUCUCAUUGAUGGUUUUUGCAAAAUGCAAGACAUGGAAAAUGCAUCUAAAUUUUUCUCUGAACUUUUGGAAGUUGGUUUGGCUCCAAACACAAUUGUUUAUAACAGCAUGAUUAGUGGCUUCAGAAAUUUGAAUAAUAUGGAAGCAGCCCUUAACUUGCACAAGAAAAUGAUAAAUAAUAAGAUUUCAUGUGAUUUGCAAACAUACACCUCACUGAUUGGAGGACUCUUAAAGGAGGGUAAAUUGAGUUUUGCUUUAGAUCUUUACUCAGAGAUGCUUUCCAGGGGUAUUGUGCCUGAUAUCUUCAUGUAUACUGUUCUGAUAAAUGGGCUCUGUAACCAUGGACAACUGGAAAAUGCAGGCAAGAUUCUAAAGGAAAUGGAUGGGAAUAAUAUAACUCCUAAUGUUAUUGUUUAUAACACUUUAAUUGCUGGACACUUUAAGGAAGGGAAUCUGCAACAGGCUUUUAGAUUGCAUGAUGAGAUGCUUGAGAAGGGUCUUGUGCCUGACGACACUACGUAUAAUAUUCUUGUAAAUGGAAAGUUCAAGGGAUCACAUGCUUACGCUGGAGCUUAAUUCACACAAAACAGAUUGAGGGUAGAAGCACACAUAAAACUUAGAGGGAGUCUUGGAGAGCAAAUUCAAUAUGAGUAUUCAUAUCAUUAAAGUUGAUGAGACAAGGGAAGUUUGUUUGUAGAUUUGGAGUAGUACUGCCAGAAUUCAUAAAUGGGCGGGGUCCUAAUGCUGGUGUUCAGGUAGAAGAGAGUUUGACAUUAUCUGACGGAGCUUGGUCCACCCCAAUUGGAGAGCUGAGAAAUGAUGGUGAAGGUCCUGGAUUAGUCACUACAGAAAUGGUUGUUUAUAUAAUAUGACUAUGCCGUGUUUUGGAGCACAGCCUGGAGUGACCAACCGUAUGAAAAGUGAUUGAUAUGCUUGGACAAGCUAUGCAACCAAAAAUAUCAGCUGCAGUGACUUUAUUCAGGAGCCUCAAUGCCUCACAUAUUAUGUUGAUUCUCAAGCUGAGACAUUAUCAAGCCCAUUGACCCUAGAGUCUCAAGGCACCGUUCCUCACAACCCUGUUUAUCUCAUAAUAUGGAGGACCAUAGCUCAGAUCGUUAGCCAGAGGUGUUUUGAUGAACAGGAUCUUCAUAGAGGCAAGUUCACAGUAUAAUAACAUCUUUGUGGGAUUCAUGAUUUGAACACAAUAAGUCUAGCUUUCAGGAAAAAGAGAAUUCUUAGAGAGAAGACAUUAGAUGUAUAGGAAAGCACAAGUUCCUAUUGUAAUAUGAGAUUUUACAACUGAGACUCCUAUAUAUAGAGGAGCUUACACAAUAAUUUGCAUCAGCUAGCUACACAUAUAUCACUUGUGUGAUGCGAUUUU